UGAAGAAAGCCCACGAGCUGUACUCCGAUACGAUCCAUGAUUUCAGCUUUCUGUAUUUACACGUGGCAGGCAGUAAGUGGUGGGAAGUGCGUGGAGCUCCAUCCUGAACCGUAAUAGAACCUUACCAAACCCAUUUGGCAUUCGGGUAUAUAUAUAUAAUCCGACGAGUCGCGCUGCCUGUGUUUGUUUGAGAUCGCGAAAUUUCAGUUAAAUAUCAAGAAACGAUUUCUGCUUCACGCGUCGGUUGCCAUCUCUGAUCUGAUCGAGCCUCUCCGCACCGCCGAAGUGAGUUUCAUGAUCUAUUGCUUCUUGCACUAUUCCUUUAUAUCGUCUGGGUCUCUUUAAUCAUAGAUCUGGUGUUCUUGCAUUCUCGAUCCAUUUGAUAGGAGGUUAGGGGUUAUGGAUCGAGUUUCGCGAUUUGUAUGCGGUUCAAUUGGGUUGUUCUUCAAAUAUGAUUCAUGUCGGAUUCAAGUUUAUAGCGAAAUUAGGGCAUGAAUUUGGCGCGUUCUGAACGAACGGAUCUCAGAUAAAGCUGUUUUGUUCCUCGGGGAUGGAUCUAAUAUGAGCAGUGUUCCUAAGCAAUAGGAAUUCUCCGUGUAACUGCUAAUCUGUUUAUGGGCGUGUGGAGAUGCCGGCGUCGAUUGGAAUUUUGAUUGGAUCAUGUGGAACUUGACAUCGCACCUCUUAUGCAUAAUUUGGAUGGAGUAUAUGGCUAAUUUCUGGCUUGUUAUGCAUAAUUUGAAAAAUAGAUGUGAACUUAGUGGAUGCAUCUUCAGAUUGGGGAUGUCUCUUACAUUAUUUCAUGAUCGAGCAUUGUGCUCAUGUGAGUAGUUCUAAUUGAUUGGGUUGGAAUGACUAAUAAUUCUAGGUGUGGCGUACUUGAAUGGAACUAGGUGGUGCCAAAAACUGGCUAUGCCCCGUAUUGCGUGCUGUCUGUUUGCUUUUGAGUGUGAUGCUAAACCCUAAACUCAUUUGGUCAGUUGCAGAAAUGGCACUAGGUGGAACAGCUCCCCCGCGAGGAAGUGCAGCUGCUGCUGCAAGCAUGCGCAGGAGAAGAACCACUGGUGGUGCUGCUGGUGCUGGUGGUGGUGCUGCAGGAGGAGGGGCCGCUGGGACCAUGCUCCAGUUCUAUACCGAUGAUGCCCCGGGCCUCAAGAUAUCGCCCAAUGUCGUCCUGUUUAUGAGCAUCGGCUUCAUCGCUUUCGUUGCCGUUCUUCACGUUGUGGGUAAGAUAUACCUUGUUCGAAGGGAGGCUUGAAAGACUCGCGCGAUAUACGCCUUGUGAGUUGAUGCCAGCGGAGCAGCUAGCUAACUCUUGUGCUGUUCAUUUUCUUUUUCUCGGGGAUUCAGUGUAACAGCCGUAUAGACAGUUUUUAUGCAUCAAUCGCGUGCCAGCGUUAGAUCAAACCUUGUCUCAUCUCUGCCUACUCUUUGAUCAGUUGAAUUUUGCUAGAGAUUUGGUUUUAUAUAUGCGCACAGGAUCAGUUUUGCUGCCUUUUCUGUGGUGCUUCUUCACUUUGGACAAGUCUUGUGGUAGGUGAAUGGAUUUUCUAGAAGCUUAGGACAAAGAGUCGCACUCGGCAGCACAAUCAGAAGAUUCUAUUGGGAAUUUAGGGUAAAUCGCUAGCUUGGUCCAUUAUCUUAAAAAUAAAAAAAAAUCGCAAGCUUGGUCACUAGAAUAACUAUAAAAAACUUACUUUUGCUAGUAAAAUUAUUUUUUUCAAUUCUUGGUCCCAUCAGCAGUUGCAUCCACCUUUGUGGCGCCACGAUGAUACUGUAGUUAUGUAGCACAAAUAUAGAUGAAAUCCAUACCCUGCCCAUAUAGAUGGGUAUAAUUGGCUUUGGGCAAAAAUACCUAUGGGUGGGUAAAUUGUCAUCCCUAAUUGAGGCUAAAGAGAGAAUGUAGAGUCUGAUUUUUGGAUGGUCUGAUAUCGAAAUUUCAAUUUUGGUUUGCUUAUAAUUAUUUGGGUUUGGAUUUUUAACCCAAGUAGAUUCAACAAAAUGGGUAUGAGAACGCCUAGCAAGACGAGGACCCAAAUCAACUCCGUAUUCUACAAUAAUUAUGUGCCCUCCGUCGAGACAUGCAUCAUCAUUUUACAAGUUCAUAGUCGUAUUAGUUAUCUUCACGUUUGGGUACCUAUUCCAUCUCUUUGCUCGAUCGAAAUGAAAGAUAACUGAGCGA